AUGGAGAGCUUUGGUGCCACACAAGCUGUUCAGCGAGGACCGCGAGUUCCUGCGCCGGCGCCUGCCGCGCCUGCUGCGCUUCCUGCUGGACACGCGUCCGGUGACGGCGCCGGCGGUGAUGGCGGCGGCCGCAGAGCUGCGCGCGACCCUCCUCGCGGACCCUCCAACCGGGGAAGAACCCGGGCCCUCCGCCUCCACAGCGGAUGA